UAUCCAGGUUUCCUUUUUAACAAGCAAACACUCCAACUUUUUUACUCUUUCUUUUUUUUGUUCGCGAGACCCUCGCAACUAUUAAUUAACUUUUGCUUUCUUAAUCCUCAAAGUCUUACCCAACCGAAAGAAAAAAAAAAGAAGUAUGAAGAGAGUUAGAUCUGAUUUCGAAGAAUCCAUCAAGAAUCUAGACAUUGCCAAAUGUCUGAUGAUACUAGCGCAAACCUCCAUGGCUAAUCAGAUUAGUUUGAACCAGAACCAACAUACCGAGAGCCAUACAAGCAACCGAUUCGAAUGCAAAACGUGUAACAAGAGAUUUUCUUCGUUUCAAGCCCUUGGUGGUCAUCGGGCAAGUCAUAAGAAGCCGAAGCUCACUACCGUUGACGUUGAGCAGAAAGAUGUGAAACAUCUUAGCUACAAUUACAAAGGAAAUCAUUCGCACGAGUGUUCAAUAUGCGGUCAAAGUUUUGGGACAGGACAGGCUUUAGGUGGUCACAUGAGACGGCAUAGGUCAAGCAUAAAGGUCGAGCCAUCGUUCAUCUGUCCCGUGAUUCCUACCAUGCCUGUUUUGAAACGAUGCAGCAGUAGCAAGAGGGUUUUGAGUUUGGAUUUGAAUCUAACUCCCUUAGAGAAUGAUCUUGAAUAUAUUUUUGGGAAGACAUUUUUCCCAAACAUAGAUAUGAAGUUCGUUCUUUAGUUUUUUUUUUUUUUUGUUUCUUAUACUUUCUCUCGAUCAUUUGUAUUGCAAUUCCCAUUCUUUUAAUUCUUUAAACGUUUAUGUCA